AUGGUUGUACGUGACGACGACGAUUUGGAGCUCGAAGAAGCUACGAAUCAUGCCAGUAUUCUCCAGAACAAACAGCUGAUCACCAACAAUGUCAUCAAUAAACGAAAGGUACGUGAUCAUGUUAAUUGCUGCUGGACGCUUUCUCGCCCUUCUCCCCGGCUCUUGCUACUGCUCCCCCUCUGAAU